AUGGAUGCCACUAGCGGGCCCCACCAGAUCCCUCCGGCAAUGGCGCUGUAUGCCGAAAAGCACCGGAUCUUCGAGCUCAUGCAGACCCUCAUGGAAGCUCUCCUCAUCUACCGUCCGGCGGACCCUGUAGACUUCCUGAUUGAGCACCUGCAGAAGGGGAGAGACGAGGUGCCCCGGGUCUUGGUGUUGGGGCCGCCCGCCUCAGGCAAGACCACCAUCUCCCGCUGGAUCUGCAAGCACCUCAGCGCGACCUACCUGUGCCCCCAGGACCUCGCGGAAGACAGGAAGCUCAAAAAGUCCAAGGAGGCCCUCUCCUGCCUGUCCCGGCAGGGGGCGAUUCCGGAUGAGUUGUGGGUCACCCUUCUGGAGGAGCGCUUGUCUGCCCAGGACUGCGUGAGGCUGGGCUGGGUGCUGGACGGCUUCCCCGAGACGAGGAACCAGGCCCUGCUGCUGCAGGAAAAGGGCAUUGCCCCGAGACACGUCGUGGUGCUCUACGCUCCGGACACCGUCCUGGUGGAGAGGAACCUGGGCAAACUGCUGGACCCCUUCACCCACGAGGUCUACCACGCCACCUUUGACUGGCCGGUCGACUUCAUGGUGCAGCGGCGCCUAGUGGCCCCGGAGGGCAUCUCCGAGCAAGACACCGCCGGCCGCCUCCUGGAGAGCCACCGCAACAUCCCCGGCAUCCUGCAGGCCUACUCGGGGAACCACAAGGCCAUCAACGCCGACCAGCCCUGCGUGGAUGUCUUUGCCCAGGCCCUGCAUUUCGUGCAGAGCCGCCCGCUCUCCAAGGCGCCCUUCCUCCCCCGCGUCCUCCUCCUGGGCCCGCCCGGCAGCGGCAAGCGUCUGCAGGCGGCCCUGCUGGCCCAGAGGUACGGCCUGGUGAGCCUCCGCCUGGGGGACCUGCUGCGGGAGAAGGUGGCCGACCGCUCCCCGCUGGGCGAGCUCAUCAGGCCCUCCUUGGAGACCAGCUACCCCGUGAGCGACAAUGUCGUCCUGAGGGUGCUGAGGGACCGCCUGAACCAGCCGGACUGCCUGAGCCGCGGCUGGGUGCUCCACGGCUUCCCCCGCGACGUCGACCAGGCCGCCGCCAUGAAGCACACCGGCUUCGAGCCCAACCGGGUGUUCUUCCUCAACCUGCCGGUGGAGGUGGCCGUGCAGCGCGUCUGCCAGCGGGCUACGGACCCGGUCUCGGGGGAGAGGUACCACAGCACCUUCAAGCCGCCCACCGACACCGAGGUGAACCAGCGCCUGCGCCAGAACCCCAGGGACCAGCCCGGCAGGGUGGAGGUGAAGGUGGACUUGUACAACCAGCAAGUGCGGGAGCUGGAGGAGUUCUACGAGGAUGGCAUCCCCCUCAAUGCCGACCAGGACCCCUACACCAUCUUCGAGCACAUCGAGAGCUGCCUAGUCAAGCCCUUGCCCGCCUCCAGGCACUGA